GGCAACUCUUCUCACGACUCCGACACGAGGCAAACAACCCAAGUCUUCUGCUUCACACUGACAUCACAUUGCAGUGGAAUAGGCCAGCAGCAUGCGGAUCGGGUGCCUCCAGUUUGCACCCCAGGUGGGCGAUGUCUCCGGCAACAUCACCCGCGCUGAAGCCGUUCUCUCGAGGGCCGACCCGCAGGAUUUGGAGAAACUGGACCUUCUGGUCCUUCCCGAGAUGGCUCUGAGCGGGUACAACUUCAAGUCCCUGGAGCACAUCACCCCUUACCUCGAACCCUCCGGGUCUGGCGUCAGCUCACAGUGGGCGAAAAGCGCCGCACGCAAGUACGGCUGUACUGUUGCCGUCGGGUACCCGGAAAAAGUCGCGGCAGAUGCUGCGGAGGCAGAGCGCUACAACUCCCUCAUUGUUGUCAACAGCGACGGCGAGAAGUUGGCCAACUAUCGCAAGUCCUUUCUUUACUAUACAGACGCCACCUGGGCCCGCGAGGGCCAAGGGUUCUACCGAGGAGAGCUGGGGGGAACCUUUGGGCAAGUGGCCAUGGGGAUCUGCAUGGAUAUCAACCCGUACAAGUUUGAGGCUCCGUGGGAUGCCUACGAGUUUGGCUUCCACAUCCUCCGCGCAAGGGCGAACCUGGUCAUUCUAUCCACCGCGUGGCUCACCAAUGAUGAACAAACCGUCUUCACGUCCCGCCCCGAUGCGCCUGACCUUAGCACCCUCACCUACUGGGUUCGCAGGUUGGAGCCGAUUGUCCAGGCUGGACGCCCAGAGGAAACCAUCAUUGUCUUCGCCAACCGGUGCGGCACCGAGGACGAGGCUACAUAUACCGGCACCAGUACAGUUCUGGGAAUCAAAGAUGGUGAGGUAUCUCUCUACGGGAUCCUCGGACGCGGAGUCGAGGAGUUACUGGUAGUCGACACCGACAAGCCGCCAUUUGCUAAACUCGUUGACCCUUCACACGCGGUGGAUGGUGAGCCUAGUGCCCCGCCAGCCGAGCCUGCAGACCGCUCGGAAGGACACGAGCCUUCAAAAUCCUCAACUUCAUGGACAGGUUCCGGACCGGCGGACUCGCCGACUCUCCCCUAAGCAACCGCCAACCUCCGGCCUCUUCCACAACGAGGACGAACACAACAUAGCAGUCCAAGUCCGACAAGCACUAGCAAAGAGCAGACAACACGCCCGCAAUCAUCCCACAGC